AUGGGCCAGGUAGUUGUGCUGGGACCUGCGCUACAGUGUAAGCAUGUGCACAGCAGCACAGAAGAGAAAAGCAAAGUGUGUCGGUGUACAGAUGUAAAGAGGGCAAGUCAACUCACACCAGACAGACAGACAGGGUGUGUUAUUUUGGGUUCUGGGGGAUGUUGGAAGAAAGGUGACUGAAACUGCUGUUUGAUGAUGAGUAACUUAACCCUCCCUCUCUUUCUUUUUCCCCGGACAUGUUCCUCUUUCACUCAUGCGUUCUCUCUUUCUGAACGUCUUCUCUCUCCCGCCAUAUCUCUUUCUCUGUCUCCUCUCCUCCCCCUCUUUCUCUCUCUCCAUCUCUCUCUCUCUUCAGGUUCCCUGACGGUGUCCAUCACAGACAUGCGCGCUCCAGUGGUGGGGGGCUCCGGGGGGGUCUAUGCUCUGUGCUCGGCGCACCUGGCCAACGUCGUCAUGGUAACCGCCAUCAUCAUCGCCUCCAUUGUUACACUUGAUAGCGGUAUCAAUGGAGACAAAAUGUCAGAGCCAUCCCCUUGGAGAGAGCUCCUCCACACAACAUCCACCUGUUUUAAUGUGUUUAGAAAGACCACUGUGCUUGCCGUCAUCCUGAAGCUCUGCAGGUGUGAGUGGGAUCUUCAAUGGGAGCGAUGAGUUUUACUAAGUGUUGCAUGCCCGUGAGUGCACACAGAGUGUGGGUCCCUAUCACAGGAGGUUGAUGGCACUUUAAUUGGGGAGCACGGGCUCGUUGUAAUGGCUUGAGUGGAAUACAUCAAAUGCAUGGUUUCCAUGUAUUUGAUGCCAUCCCGUUUUCGCUGUGCUCCCCUCAGCAGCCUCCUGUGGUUCCUAUCAAUAUGAUGAGAAGGACUUUUUAUAACUGACUAAGAAGCACUUUUUUGGAUAAGUGCCAUGAAAUAUUCCAGAACCCCCAUGAUCACAGCUUGUCAGAAAGGCCCUCUGCAGUGGGUGCAUCGACUAUUGACUUGACUUGAGAACACCUUAGCUACUCUCCACUAUUACUCUCCCAGCCAAGGUUGUUUUUAUUCCACCCUUAAUCUGUUAUUCAUUGUUUUCCUUUGUAAUGUAUUCUUAUCUCCUCUCUAUUUAGUGCCAAAUUCGAUGCAUAUGGGAAUAUUAAAGUCAAUCUGUUCCUCAGUACUCCCUGGGUGACUGGUCUGCCAAAUGUCCCUGCAACAGAAAACAUAAAAUGUGUGAUCACUGUGUGUGUGUGAAAGUCAGAAUCAGUGGGUCUGGAUGUGCGAUGUCUCAGCACAUUCUGUCAGAGGAUUCAAGGCUGUGUAAGACCUGAUGAAUCACUCUAAGUAGAGUAGGCCUUCACUACGGGCAAAGGUCCAACUCAAAAUGCAUCAGCAGCCUCAGAGCAAAGAGUUUAAACUUUGGUCCCUUCUCCCGGCAAACUAACCCACUGGGCACACACUGGUUGAACCUACGUGGAAUAGGCGUUGCACUGACAUCUGUGCCCAAUGUGAAGUGACUGUUUAUUACAUCUCGUUCUCUUGAUUUUUGUUGGUUUUUCUGAUGUUCUCAAAAUGUUUGGCUGAGUUGUCUCGUUUGUGUCUCAGGGGGCUGAAGUCCUUUUACCCAAGUAGACCUCAUCUGUCUGUCCAAAAGCUUUUAUCAGUUAUGUAGAUGAGACGAUUAAACUGAGGUUUUGACUCAAGCUGUCAAGGCCAUCAAAAUUAUCUAGCUAAUUUCCUGUUAAAUUGUCCAAAUGCCUCUUCAUUAAAGUUCAGACUGAACAAGAAAUCUGCACCUCCCCUGGUUGAAUUAGUCUUCCCUCGGGAAACCAUAAACAGCAUUUACUUUUUAUGUAUGUUGCUCUUAUAUAUUAUAACACUUUUUUUUUUAUCUACUCACCCAAAGUUAAAGUGAGAAACUUUCCAUGUUAUUCACCCCAUUGUGUGUGCCCACAUGGGGAAAAAAUACUAUAGUAAGCAAUGGUCUAAAUACUGCAGUAUUGCUAUAUUUACAGUGCCUUGCAAAAGUAUUCAUGGCGUUUUUCCCAUUUUGUUGCAUUACAACCUGUAUUUUAAAUUGAUUUUUAUUGGGAUUUCAUGUUAUGGACAUACACAAAAUAGUCCAAAUUGGUGAAGUGAAAUUUAAAAAAUAACUUGUUUCAAAAAAAUCAAUAAUGGAAAAGUGGUGUGUGCAUAUGUAUUCACCCCCUUUGCUAUGAAGCCCCUAAAUAAGAUCUGGUGCAACCAAUUACCUUCAGAAGUCACAUAAUUAGUUAAAUAAAGUCUACCUGUGUGCAAUAUGUGUCACAUGAUCUGUCACAUGAUCUCAGUAUAUAUACACCUGUUCUGAAAGGCCCCAGAGUCUGCAACACCACUAAGCAAGGGGCACCACCAAGCAAGCGGCACCAUGAAGACCAAGGAGCUCUCCAAACAGGUCAGGGACAAAGUUGUGGAGAAGUACAGAUCAGGAUUGGGUUAUAAAAAAUAUCAGAAACUUUGAACAUCUCACGGAGCACCAUUUUUAAAUCCAUUAUAAAAAAAUUUGAAAGAAUAUGGCACCACAAAAAAACCUGCCAAGAGAAGGACGCCCACCAAAACUCACGGACAAGGCAAGGACGGCAUUAAUCAGAGAGGCAACAAAGAGACCAAAAAUAACCCUGAAGGAGCUGUUCCACAGUGGAGAUUUGAGUAUCUGUCCAUAGGACCACUUUAAGCCGUACACUCCACAGAGCUGGGAUUUACGGAAGAGUGGCCAGAAAAAAAGCCAUUGCUUAAUGAAAGAAAUAAGCAAACACGUUUGGCAUGUGGGAGACUCCUCAAACAUGGAAGAAGGUACUCUGGUCAGAUGAGACUAAAAUUGAGCUUUUUGGCCAUCAAGGAAAACGCUAUGUCUGGCGCAAACCUAACACCUCUCAUCACCCCGAGAACACCAUCCCCACAGUGAAGCAUGGUGGUGGCAGCAUCAUGCUGUGGGGAUGUUUUUCAUCGGCAGGGACUGGGAAACUGGUCAGAAUUGAAGGAAUGAUGGAUGGUGCUAAAUACAGGGAAAUUCUUGAGGGAAACCUGUUUCAGUCUUCCAGAGAUUUGGGACGGAGGUUCAUCUUCCAGCAGGACAAUGACCCUAAGCAUAUUACUAAAGCAACACUUGAGUGAUUUAAGGGGAAUACUAUAGUAUUCACUGUAGUGUUUUUGCGGACUUGACUUUAGUAUACUAUAGAUUUCACUGUAGUGUUUUUGCGGACAUGCGUUGCUUGACUUGGGCCGGAGCUGUCCGGAGCGCCUUACCAGCAUACCGGCUCCACUAUAAAACAAAGUAGCCUAUCACCGGCCCAGAUUCACACACGGAGGCAAAAAAAGGUUGCUCAAAGCGGAUGAAGGCAGGAUCUGCAUUGAAUAGCAAUGGAGAGUGGGCAUUCAUUUCCUGAUUCCGCUUAGUUCAAGUUUAUUUGCCGCUAGUCUGUGAAUCUGUGCGUGACAGUAGGCUGUUCGAUAUUGUGCAGAUUGAAAAUGCGCCAAACCGAAUGCGCAUCAUGUGCUGUUCCAAGUUGUCAAAUGAGGGUUUGUAAGGUCAUGGAAUUAGCUUUAUAAUGUUUGUUAAUGUAAUUCAUGAAGGCACACUUUUAAACAUUAACAAUCACUUAAAAAUCAUCAUAUCCGCCAUUAUCAGAAUGACCCUUCAGUGGGGGUCUGUUUGUGCUGCGUGUGUGCGAGGUGUCAUUGCCCGAGGAGAGAGAGCGUGACAUUUCAGCAGGCAUGAAAUAACGACAGACAACAGACUAACUAGCCAAGUGGAAAUGGGUUCUCUGGAGUGAUGAAUCACGCUUUCAUGGUUUGGGCUACAUUUUACAUUACAUUUACGUCAUUUAGCAGACGCUCUUAUCCAGAGCGACUUACAAAUUGGUGCAUUCACCUUAUAGCCAGUGGGAUAACCACUUUACAAUAAUAUAUAUAUAUUUUUUCUUUGGGGUGGGGUAAGGGGGGGUAGAAGGAAGUACUUUAUCCUAUCCCAGGUAUUCCUUAAAGAGGUGGGGUUUCAAGUGUCUCCGGAAGGUGAUGAGUGACUCCGCUGUACUGGCGUCGUGAGGGAGCUUGUUCCACCAUUGGGGUGCCAGAGCAGCGAACAGUUUUGACUGGGCUGAGUGGGAACUGUGCUUCCGCAGAGGUAGGGGGGCCAGCGGCCAGAGGUGGAUGAACGCAAUGCCCUCGUUUGGGUGUAGGGACUGAUCAGAGCCUGAAGGUACGGAGGUGCCGUUCCCCUCACAGCUCCGUAGGCAAGCACCAUGGUCUUGUAGCAGAUGUGAGCUUCAACUGGAAGCCAGUGGAGUGUGCGGAGGAGCGGGGUGACGUGAGAGAACUUGGGAAGGUUGAACACCAGACGGGCUGCGGCAUUCUGGAUGAGUUGUAGGGGUUUAAUGGCACAGGCAGGGAGCCCAGCCAACAGCGAGUUGCAGUAAUCCAGACGGGAGAUGACAAGUGCCUGGAUUAGGACCUGUGCCGCUUCCUGUGUAAGGCAGGGUCGUACUCUCCGAAUGUUGUAGAGCAUGAACUUACAGGAUCGGGUCACCGCCUUGAUGUUAGCGGAGAACGACAGGGUGUUGUCCAGGGUCACGCUAAGGGGCUAGGCCCCUUAGUUCCAGUGAAGGGAAAUCUUAACACACAUCUUAACACACAUACAAUGACAUUCUAGACGAUUCUGCGCUUCCAAAUUUGUGGCAACAGAACACCUUUGGGAUGAAUUGGAACGCAGACUGCGAGCCAGGCCUAAUCGCCCAACAUCAGUGCCUGACUCACGAAUGCUCUUGUGGCUGAAUGGAAGCAUGUCCCCGCUGCAAAGUUCCAACAUCUAGAGGAAAGCCUUCCCAGAAGAGUGGAGGCUGUUAUAGCAGCAAAGGGGGGACCAAUUCCAUAUUAAUGCCCACCUUAUUCAUUUGAAUACAAAGACAAAAGUAUUUGGCUAUGUUGCAAUAUUUUAUAUCAACGGUGGCAACCAUCUUCCAGCUAUUGGGUGUGCAGGCUUUUGUUCAAGCCCUGGUCUAACCACAUUGUAGCCUAAACAUCAGCUGCUCAACAGGACCUUGAUAAGCAGACUUGGGUGUUUCAGGGCUGAAUCAAAAGCUAAGCCUGCACACCCAGGAGCUCUCCAGAUGGAGGGUUGACCACAUGUUGACCACAUGCAGUUCUACUUUGUGGGGGGUUAAGUGCCUUGAUCAAGGGCACAACGGCAGAAGAUGGUAGGCCUACAUGGGAUCAGACACAGCAGCCUUCCAGUGUCAAUAAUGGUUACUUUUUCAUGUAGGCUAUAAUAAUAGUCAUGAAAAUGUUGUUAAAAGUAAUGGAGAAGUCAUGGAAAAUGUGUAUGAACCCUUAACAGUGAAUAAUCAGAGGUCUCUAUAGCAUAAUGUCAUUGUGAAUUUCAGUGAACAAAGUUUAAUGGACCGACUUCUUUCAUCCCAAGUCAAGCACUGCUGACAUGACUGUAGUAUACUUUAGUAUUUACUGUAGUUGUUUUUGCAGACUUUACUGUAGUGUUCACUGUAGUGUUUUUUGCUGACAUUACUUUAGUAUUCACCAGUGUUUUGCGGACAUGACUAGUUGAAGAAGAAACUGCAUUACGAAGCCAAGAUCACAAAAAAACGUUGGAGUACUUUCAAUGAAAUUAUGGGCAAAAAGACAAAUUCAACUCCAUCUUUAAUCGAAUCGGAUGGCUUAUUCAUCACCAAACAAUGUGAUGUUGCAAAUUAUUUGAAUGAUUACUUCAUUGGCAAAGUGGGCAAACUUAGGCAGGAAAUGCCAACCACGAACUGUGAGCCAUCGUACUCAUACAGUGGGGAGAACAAGUAUUUGAUACACUGCCGAUUUUGCAGGUUUUCCUACUUACAAAGCAUGCAGAGGUCUGUAAUUUUUAUCAUAGGUACACUUCAACUGUGAGAGACGGAAUCUAAAAAUCCAGAAAUUCACAUUGUGUGAUAUUUUUAAGUAAUUAAUUUGCAUUUUAUUGCAUGACAUAAGUAUUUGAUCACCUACCAACCAGUAAGAAUUCCGGCUCUCACAGACCUGUUAGUUUUUCUUUAAGAAGCCCUCCUGUUCUCCACUCAUUACCUGUAUUAACUGCACCUGUUUGAACUCGUUACCUGUAUAAAAGACACCUGUCCACACACUCAAUCAAACAGACUCCAACCUCUCCACAAUGGCCAAGACCAGAGAGCUGUGUAAGGACAUCAGGGAUAAAAUUGUAGACCUGCACAAGGCUUGGAUGGGCUACAGGACAAUAGGCAAGCAGCUUGGUGAGAAGGCAACAACUGUUGGCGCAAUUAUUAGAAAAUGGAAGAAGUUCAAGAUGACGGUCAAUCACCCUCGGUCUGGGGCUCCAUGCAAGUUCUCACCUCGUGGGGCAUCAAUGAUCAUGAGGAAGGUGAAGGAUCAGCCCAGAACUACACGGCAGGACCUGGUCAAUGUCCUGAAGAGAGCUGGGACCACAGUCUCAAAGAAAACCAUUAGUAACACACUACGCCGUCAUGGAUUAAAAUCCAGCAGCGCACGCAAGGUCCCCCUGCUCAAGCCAGCACAUGUCCAGGCCCGUCUGAAGUUUGCCAAUGACCAUUUGGAUGAUCCAGAGGAGGAAUGGGAGAAGGUCAUGUGGUCUGAUGAGACAAAAAUAGAGCUUUUUGGUCUAAACUCCACUCGCCGUGUUUGGAGGAAGAAGAAGGAUGAGUACAACCUCAAGAACACCAUCCCAACCGUGAAGCAUGGAGGUGGAAACAUCAUUCUUUGGGGAUGCUUUUCUGCAAAGGGGACAGGAAGACUGCACCGUAUUGAGGGGAGGAUGAAUGGGGCCAUGUAUCGCGAGAUCUUGGCCAACAACCUCCUUCCCUCAGUAAGAGCAUUGAAGAUGGGUCGUGGCUGGGUCUUCCAGCAUGACAACGACCCGAAACACACAGCCAGGUCAACUAAGGAGUGGCUCCGUAAGAAGCAUCUCAAGGUCCUGGAGUGGCCUAGCCAGUCUCCAGACCUGAACCCAAUAGAAAAUCUUUGGAGGGAGCUGAAAGUCUGUAUUGCCCAGCGACAGCCCCGAAACCUGAAGGAUCUGGAGAAGGUCUGUAUGGAGGAGUGGGCCAAAAUCCCUGCUGCAGUGUGUGCAAACCUGGUUAAGACCUACAGGAAACGUAGGAUCUCUGUAAUUGCAAACAAAGGUUUCUGUACCAAAUAUUAGGUUCUGCUUUUCUGAUGUAGCAAAUACUUAUGUCAUGCAAUAAAAUGCAAAUUAAUUACUUAAAAAUCAUACAAUGUGAUUUUCUGGAUUUUUGUUUUAGAUUUCGUCUCUCACAGUUGAAGUGUACCUAUGACAAAAAUUAUAGACCUCUACAUGCUUUGUAAGUAGGAAAACCUGCAAAAUCGGCAGUGUAUCAAAUACUUGUUCUCCCCACUGUAUAUAAAAAAUAAAAAAAACGAAUUAUGAAAGAAAAGCAUUGUUAUCGAUCAAUAAUGACAAACCUCCUGGCAUUGACAACAUAGAUGGAAAGCUACUGAGGAUGGUAGCUGACUCUAUAGCCACUCCUAUCUGUCACAUCUUUAUUCUGAGCCUAGAGGAAAGUCUUUGUCCUCAGGCCCAAAUACAAUGCUACUUCUCUGUAAACAAAUUAACAACAGACUUUCAGCAUGCUUAUAGAGAAGGGCACUCAACAUGUAUUGCACUGACACAAAUGACUGAUUGGUUGAAAAGAAAUUGAUAAGAAGAUUGUGGGAGCUGUACUGUUAGAUUUCAGUGCAGCCUUUGAUAUUAUUGACCAUAACCUGUUGUUGAGAACGUAUGUGUUAUGGUUUUUCAACCAUAUUGUUGAUUCAGAGCUAUCUAUCUAAUUGAACUCAGAGGGUUUUGUUUAAUGGAAGCUUCUCAAUGUCAAACAUGUAAAGUGUGGUGUACCAUAGCGCAGCUCUCUAGGCCCUCUACUCUUUUCUAUUUUUACCAAUGACCUGCCACUGGCAUUAUACAAAGCAUGUGUGUCCAUGUAUGCUGAUGAUUCAACCAUAUACGCAUCAGCAACCACAGCUAAUGAAGUCACUGAAACCCUUAACAAAGAGUUGCAGUCUGUUUUGGAAUGGGUGGCCAGUAAUAUACUGAUCCUGAACGUCUCUAAAACUAAGAGCAUUGUAUUUGGUACAAAUCCUUCCCUAAAAUGUAGACAUUUACAUUUACGUCAUUUAGCAGACGCUCUUAUCCAGAGCAACAUACAAAUUGGUGCAUUCAACUUAUGACCUUAGCUGAAUCAGGUAAUGAAUGGCUGUUGAACAAGUUCAGGAGACAAAAUUACUUGGUGUUACCUUUAGAUUGUAGACUGUCAUGGUCAAAACAUAUAGAUUCAAUGGUUGUAAAGAUGGGGAGAGGUAUGUCCGUAAUAAAGAGAUGCUCUGCUUUUUUGACACCACACUCCAGAAAGCAAGUCUUGCAGGCUCUAGUUGUAACUUAUCUUGAUUAUUGUCCACGCAUAUGGUCAAGUGCUGCAAAGAAAGACCUAGUUAGCUGCAGCUGGUCCAGAACAGAGCACCACGUCUUGCUCUUCAAUGUAAUCAGAGGGCUAAUAUUAAUACUAUGCUUGCCAGUCUCUCUUGGCUAAGAGUUGAGGAAAGACUGACUGUGUCACUUCUUGUUUUUAUAAGAAACAAUGUGUUGGAAAUUCCAAAUUGUUUGCCUAGUCAACUUAAACACAGCACUGACACACACACUAAUCCCACAAGACAUGCCACCUUUUCACAGUCCCCAGGUCCAGAACAAAUUCAAGGAAACAUACAGUAUUAAACUGAGCCAUGAGUGCAUGGAACUCCCUUCCAUCUUAUAUAGCGCAAGUGAACCUGGUUUCAAAAAACAAAUAAAGCAACACCUCACAGCACAACGCCUCUCCCCCAUGUUACCUACUUGUUGUGUGUAUGUACUGAGAUGUGUAACUGAUAGAUGCACACACAGUACAUGCUAAUGUUUUUAAAUGUAUGUAAAUUGUAAAGUAUUUUGACUGUAAUGUAUUUUUCGUUAUGUGUCGGAACCCAGUAAGACCAGCUGUCGCCAUUGGCGUAGGCUAAUGGGGAUCCUAAUAAAUCAAAUAAUAAAUCUAUAACACCUGCUGACUAGGGUUAGCUAAAAUGGCACAACUACCAGGCUACGCCAGUUACUGUUUAAUUAGGGGAACACCUCAACCAGAACAUAAGACACACAGGUUCGUAGCAGGCCACCUAUUGUUGGGUCAACAGUUCUGAGCAAUGCAACGGACCAGACAACACCUUAGCAAAAGUAUAAAAUGUUUAUUACAAUUGUAACGUCUAAACUUUAGACACAGGUCCAUUAAAGGGAAACAGUACAGAGGCAGAUAUAAAGAACAAGCAAAGUUUAUUAAAGCUUGGAGGAUUAGGUUUGCUUGUUUGACAGAUAACACACAUUAACAAGAGCACACCAAAAUGACUUCUUAGAUCUGUUCCACUAGUAUCGCCACAUUCAGGGGAUACUACAGUAUGUAGUAUAUUAUUCUCCAGUAUACUACAAAAGUCUAUAGUAAGCACUACACGAUCGAGGAAUACUACAGUGUGGAGUAUAGGAUUCUACAGUUUACUGCAGAAUUCUAUAGAAUUCUAUAGUACAGUUGAAGUCGGAAGUUUACAUACACCUUAGCCGAAUACAUUUAAACUCAGUUUUUCACAAUUACUGACAUUUAAUCCUAGUAAAAUAAUUCCCUGUCUUAGGUCAGUUAGGAUCACCACUUUUAUUUUAAGAAUGUGAAAUGUCAGAAUAGUGUGUGAAGCAGAAAGUGUGUGAAGCAGAAUACAACUCUUUCAAGGAGAGUGUAUAAUAAUAAUGUCGAUCUGUCUGUACCGAGUGUAAAAAAGUGACAAGCUAAAGACAAUAAUAGGAUAAAAUGAGAUUAGCAUUGCUCAUAAGAAUGAAGACAUCUAAAAACAGACACUUCUUUUCGGAGCUGACAGGGUCUUUGACAUAUUUAGAAAUGCCAAAGAAAAGUAUUCAGCUUUCAGAAAACUGUACUACAAGCACCCUAGUAUCCCCUUGUCUCUGUGGAGGUACAGCUUCACUCAAAUCCCUAAGCUUGGUAUUGAGACAGUCAAAAUGAGGGAAAUACACUUCUCUCCAUGAGAGCACAGUCAUGUAAAACAAACCCCCUUCCUUAUUAAUGCAGCUUGGUUGACCUCCCGCUACUCUGACACUCAUAAUUUAUUAGUGAUAUUACCGCACUUUUAUGAGGCCCUGCCGUCCCACAGAGAUAUUAAUCAUAUGAGCAGAGUCAUGUUUAUAGGACUCCACUUUAUUGACUUUCUUUAGUAUCUUUAAUCUUGCAUGGCGCUCAGCUCUGCCUGCCUGGCUUCCUCUGCAUGGCGAAAAACACUGCUGCUCCCUCCGUUUCUCCCAGGACCCAGAGGACAUGAAGAGGGAUGUGAUUGGUGCAAUUCUUCAUCCUGGGGAAUAAAUACGUUAUUGUGAGGCAGAAGCUUUUUGUUUUAUCCCAGGAGGAACACAGGGUUUUUUAUUGGGCCGUUCUCAUCCUCUGUUAAGGUAUCUUAACCCUGAUUAAUAGAUCGUCAGCGAGGUGAAACCACCGAAUGGAGACCAGCCAGGUGUAUAAUUAUUUCUCUGUCUAGUAGACCUCAUCCUGCCUGUAUGGAAAUGGAUUUCUGAUCGCUUUGUGGUCUACACACAUUCCUGACAUAAUACAGAGAUGGUGGAGAUACUGUGUAAUCUGUAAAUAUGCAGAUCUUUGGAACUGAGUGUUUGUGUUUGACUUGCCUCUUUCACUCUGUGUUGCAGAACUGGGCUGGCAUGCGGUGUCCAUACAAGCUCCUCCGCAUGAUUCUGGCGCUGGUGUGCAGUAAGUUUCAUGCUAUAUCCAUUCCAUAGACACACUAUAUUCAUUCUCAAGAGAGCCAUUGGUGUUAUGGUCAUAGCUGCAUCCUGACAUAAUUGGUGUGAGGUGGUAUGCUCCAUUGAAGACUUUCCUUUUUAACUAAACAGUUAGGAGGUAUGUGUAUAACACCCCUUAACUUUCAGCCUUCCUCAUGUCCACACACCUGCUCACAGUAUAAUUGAAUUGUGAGGUAUUUAUAACGUGAGUGGGAUUUAUUGGCCUCCUAAAAUUAGUUGAGAAUUGUUCAAGUGCAGUCGUUAAUGGGGAGGAAUGAGUGGCCCUCGGGUUGCAAAUUGGAUAUGUUGUAUUUUGUUCAGACGAUGUUACUCAUGCUGUAUGGCAGCAACUUUUCCCCACAUGCGGACCAAUUCACUAUGGCUUUCGUUAGUGUUCAAUACAGUGGCUUGCGAAAGUAUUCACCCCCCUUGGCAUUUUUCCUAUUUGGUUGCCUUACAACCUGGAAUUAAAAUUGGUUUUUUGGGGGUUUGUAUCAUUUUCAUUUACACAACAUGCCUACCACUUUGAAGAUGCAAAAUAUGUUUGGGGGUGAAACAAACAAGAAAUAAGAAAGAAAAAAAAAACUUGAGCGUGCAUAACUAUUCACCCCCCCAAAGUCAAUACUUUGUAGAGCCACCUUUUGCAGCAAUUACAGCUGCAAGUCUCUUGGGGUAUGUAGCUAUAAGCUUGGCACAUCUAGCCACUGGGAUUUUUGCCCAUUCUUCAAGGCAAAACUGCUCCAGCUCCUUCAAAUUGGAUGGGUUUCGCUGGUGUACAGCAAUCUUUAAGUCAUACCACAGAUUCUCAAUUGGAUUGAGGUCUUGGCUUUGACUAGGCCAUUCCCCUUAAACCACUCAAGUGUUGCUUUAGCAGUAUGCUUAGGGUCAUUGUCCUGUUGGAAGGUGAACCUCCGUCCCAGUCUCAAAUCUCUGGAAGAAUGAAACAGGUUUCCCUCAAGAAUUUCCCUGUAUUUAGCACCAUCCAUCAUUCCUUCAAUUCUGACUAGGUUGCCAGUCCCUGCCGAUGAAAAACAUCCCCACAGCAUGAUGCUGCCACCACCAUGCUUCACUGUGGGGAUGGUGUUCUCGGGGUGAUGAGAGGUGUUGGGUUUGCGCCAGACAUAGCGUUUUCCUUGAUGGCCAAAAACCUCAAUUUUAGUCUCAUCUGACCAGAGUACCUUCUUCCAUAUGUUUGGGGAGUCUCCCACAUGCCUUUUGGCAAACACCAAACGUGUUUGCUUAUUUUUUUCUUUAAGCAAUGGCUUUUUCUGGCCACUCUUCCGUAAAGCCCAGCUCUGUGGAGUGUACGGUUUAAAGUGGUCCUAUGGACAGAUACUCCAAUCUCCGCUGUGGAGCUUUGCAGCUCCUUCAGGAUUACUUUUGGUCUCUUUGUUGCCUCUCUGAUUAAUGCCCUCCUUGCCUGGUCUGUGAGUUUUGGUGGGCGGCCCUCUCUUGGCAGGUUUGUUGUGGUGCCAUAUUCUUUCCAUUUAUUAAUAAUGGAUUUAAUGGUGCUCCGUGGGAUGUUCAAUGUUUCGGAUAUUUUUUUAUAACCCAACCCUGAUCUGUACUUCUCCACAACUUUGUCCCUGACCUGUUUGGAGAGCUCCUUGGUCUUCAUGGUGCCGCUUGCUUGGUGGUGCCCCUUGCUUAGUGGUGUUGCAGACUCUUGGGCCUUUCAGAACAGGUGUAUAUAUACUGAGAUCAUGUGACAGUUCAUGUGACACUUAGAUUGCGCACAUGUGGACUUUAUUUAAGUAAUUAUCUGACUUCUGAAGGUAAUUGGUUGCACCAGAUCUUAUUUAGGGGCUUCAUAGCAAAGGGGGUGAAUACAUAUGCACGCACCACUUUUUAGUUAUUUAUCUUUUAGAAAUUUUUGAAACAAGAUAUUAUUUUCAUUUCACUUCACCAAUUUGGACUAUUUUGUGUAUGUCCAUUACAUGAAAUCCAAAUAAAAAUCAAUUUAAAUUACAGGUUGUAAUGCAACAAAAUAGGAAAAACGCCAAGGGGGAUGAAUACUUUUGCAAGGCACUGUAUGUCCCCUCCAUCUGUCCCUCGUCUGACCAUACCUCAGCCUAGUCUAUCCUUAGCCAGAACCCUAUCCGUUAACAUAGCCUUAGCAAAGCCCUAGUCUUGGCCAGAAGUGUAACUCUUAUGUAAUCUGCACCCUUGCUUUUGCCUUCUACUGAACUGUACUCAAAACCAUAAACCUAUCUGCCAAAUCCCACAUUUCCACUGAUAUUGAUACAAUAUACUUUAUUGUCCAUUUACAUGGAAAAUCGUUUUGUGAUGUCAGCACACAAAUACACAAACACAACACAAUAUAUUACAGUAAGGAAAACUGGAAAGUUAGUACACAAGUCACAAAUGUACAUUUUCACAUAUCAAAGUCUCUGUGGCCUACUGUUCGACCGUGUAUUGGGCCUGCAUCUCUCCCACUGUUCAGUAGCCUUUUUUAAGUGUAUUUAUUUAACCUUUAUUUAACCAGGUAGGCCAGUUGAGAACAAGUUCUCAUUUACAACUGCGACCUGGCCAAGAUAAAGCAAAGCAGUGCGAUAAAAACAACAACACAGAGUUACAUAUGGGGUAAACAAAAACGUACAGUCAAUAACACAAUAGAAAAAUAGAAAAUCUAUAUACAGUGUGUGCAAAUGUAGUAAGUUAUGGAGGUAAGGCAAUAAAUAGGCUAUAGUGCAAAAUAAUUACAAUUUAGUAUUAACACUGGAGUGAUAGAUGUGCAGAAGAUGAUGUGCAAAUAGAGAUACUGGGGUGCAAAUGAGCAAAAUAAAUAACAAUAUGGGGAUGAGGUAGUUGGGUGGGCUAAUUACAGAUGGGCUGUGUACAGGUGCAGUGAUCGGUAAGCUGCUCUGACAACUGAUGCUUAAAGUUAGUGAGGGAGAUAAGAGUCUCCAGCUUCAGAGAUUUUUGCAGUUCGUUCCAGUCAUUGGCAGCAGAGAACUGGAAGGAAUGGCGGCCAAAGGAGGUGUUGACUUUGGGGAUGACCAGUGAGAUAUACCUGCUGGAGUGCAUACUACGGGUGGGUGUUGCUAUGGUGACCAACGAGCUAAGAUAAGGCGGGGAGUUGCCUAGCAGUGAUUUAUAGAUGACCUGGAGCCAGUGGGUUUGGCAACGAAUAUGUAGUGAGGGCCAGCCAACGAGAGCGUACAGGUGGGUAGUAUAUGGGGCUUUGGUGACAAAACGGAUGGCACUGUGAUAGACUACAUCCAAUUUGCUGAGUAGAGUGUUGGAGGCUAUUUUGUAAAUGACAUCGCCGAAGUCAAGGAUCGGUGGGAUAGGCCAGGUCGCAGUUGUAAAUGAGAACCUGUUCUCAACUGGCUUACCUGGUUAAAUAAAGGUGAAAUAAAAAAAUAAAAAAAAUAAUAAAAAAAAGUCAGUUUUACGAGGGCAUGUUUAGCAGCAUGAGUGAAGGAGGCUUUGUUGUGAAAUAGGAAGCCGAUUCUAGAUUUAACUUUGGAUUGGAGAUGCUUAAUGUGAGUCUGGAAGGAGAGUUUACGGUCUAACCAGACACCUAGGUAUUUGUAGUUGUCCACAUAUUCUAAGUCAGACCCGCCGAGAGUAGUGAUUCUAGUCGGGCGGACGGGUGCAAGCAGCGUUCGAUUGAAGAGCAUGCAUUUAGUUUUACUAGCGUUUAAGAGCAAUUGGAGGCUACAGAAGGAGUGUUGUAUGGCAUUGAAGCUCGUUUGGAGGUUUGUUAACACAGUGUCCAAUGAAGGGCCAGAUGUAUAUAAAAUGGUGUCGUCUGCGUAGAGGUGGAUCUGAGAGUCACCAGCAGCAAGAGCGACAUCAUUGAUAUAGACAGAGAAUAGAGUUGGCCAGAGAAUUGAACCCUGUGGCACCCCCAUAAUGGAGGAGGAGAUUAAAACUUCCUCCUCUCCUUUCGAUUUCAGUGAGUUCGGAGGUGGGCCGUGCCGUGUGGCUGCGCUUCUCCCCACCCUUGCCCUCUUCAGGGCCCCAGCCCAGCUUCAUGGCCCACCUAUCGGGGGCGGUGGUAGGCAUCAGCAUGGGCCUGCUCAUCCUGCGCAGCUAUGAGGAGAGCCUGCAGAAGCAGUGCUCCUGGUGGGUCAUCGUCUUCUCCUUCAUCACGUUCCUUCUUUUUGCCAUCUUCUGGAACAUCUUCGCCUACGAGCUGCUGGGGGUGCAGCUCCCGCCCGCUCCCUGA